AUGGAGGGGGACGCCGGGUGGUACUACCACAGCGGCGGCACCAACGACUGGGACCUCAACGCCGUCGUGCGCUACGCCUGCGGCGGACGCGGCCGCGUCUCGCCACCGCCGUCGUCGUCGUCUGACGACCCCCUCUCCACCUUCUACCCGCCACCACCGCCGCCGCAAGAGCUGACGACGGGUGACAGGCUGUUCGGCGCGAACACGUCGCUGCCUGACCUGCCCUACGACGGAAACUCCGCCGUCGUCGACGAGCUCUCCAUUGCCUUCUUCGGGCCGCCGGCACCGCCGCUGGCCCCACACCCGCCGCCGCCGGCCGGACAUCUGCCGCUUCAGCAGCAUCAGCAAGCCAUGGCAACAAACGAUGUGCCGGUUCAGAUGCAGCAAGACUACGCGGCGCCGCCGCCGCCCGUGCCGCAGACCUCUGGCCCGCAAGCCUCCGGCGGCGAGGGGGCAGCAAGAUCCAAGCAGAAAAAGCCGCCGGUGCAGAGAGAGGUGAAGCGCGUGGCGGCGGACGGCGUGUCGGCGGACCCGUGGGCGUGGCGCAAGUACGGGCAGAAGCCCAUCAAGGGGUCCCCCUACCCGCGCGGCUACUACCGGUGCAGCACCGAGAAGGCCUGCGAGGCGCGGAAGAUGGUGGAGCGCUGCCGCGACGACCCGGACUCCUUCAUCCUCACCUACACCGGCGGCGACCACAACCACCCCGCGCCCAUCCACCGCAACUCCCUCGCCGGCACCACGCGCAACAAGCAGCAACAUGGACACAUCGCUCCCGGGGGCGCCACGGCGGUGGCGGUGGCGGUGGCGGCGGAGCCGAGCCCGGGGCAGUCCACGUCGGGCGGGACGUCCGCGUCGCCGACGACGUCCCCGAUCUCACCUUCAGCGGAGGAGUGCAACCAGGAGGAGGUCCAGUGCGACGAGGCCGGCGGCGCGAGCAAGGACGUGGAGAUGGAGGUCGAGGAGGAUGACGAGCUGAAGAAGCUCCUGGACUCCGCAAUUGGGGUCGGUGGCGGCUCCAGCAGGUACGCGGCAAUGGAGGACGACGGUGGCGCCGGAGUGUCGCCGUUCCUCAACGUCGUCGAGGAGACGUUCGUGGUCACGCCGUGGGUCACGGCCCUCGGCGACGCGACCGGGUGGAGUUGA